UAGCAGGAGGACUGGUACGAUGGCCAGUUAUCCAUAUUACUCCCCUUCACCACCGUGUAAUAACACAACUUCUCCUACACUCCUCCCUCCACCACCACCACCACCAGCAUGUAACCACACAGCUACACCAACACUUUCACCCCCACCUCUACCUCCACCACCACCAGCAUGUGCCUGUGACAAAACUACUCCCACUUUGCCAUCACCACCUCCACCACCACCUUCAUCUCACUACUCCCCACCAUUAGUUUCAUUGUCGCCACCACCUUCAUCUCGCUCCCAACCACCCCCAUCCCCAUCACAUCCGUCACCACCACCACCGCCAUUUUAUCAUUCCCCACCAAUACAUUCACCACCGGCCCCACCACCACGACGGUCACCCCCAUCACCACCACCACCAUCAUUUUAUUAUCCCCCACCACUACUUCCACCGCCUUCAUUGCCAUCACCAUCGCUGCCGCCGCCUUCAUCUUUCUCUCCACCAUUACAUUCACCACCACCACCACCAUUUUAUUAUUCCCCACCCCAACUUCCACCGCCUUCAUCACCACCACCACCUAAACCUUCAACACCGUCACCGUCACCACUAUCCCCAGACCCACCACCCUCCUCUCCUUGGGCACCCUCUGCAAGUUAUAUUUCAAUUUCACCAACACCAACACCAGCACCAGCACCAGCACCAGCACCAGCACCACCACUCCCCGGUACAGCAGUUCUUGCCACCUUUGCCGCCCUAGGUUGUCUAUUUUUAAUUUCUGGUCUCCUUUCCAUGGCCAAGAAGAUGGACAUGCUUCCAUCUCAAUUAUCAAGGCUGCUGCCAGGCAACACUGGGACAGUUCCAGGUGACUACGAACAAGGUCAUCAAACCAGUAACGACCGAAGUGGGACCGCGAAGAUGAGUUCGGAUCUUCCCCUUGAAGAAAGUGUGAAUGAAUUCCCGGACGCUCCUAAAAAACCCAGUGUGACUGAUAAUGCAGAUGCAUCUCAAGAUGUGAAGAAAGCAGAAUCCAACGAAGUCGGAGAAGAAUCAAAGGACCCCGAAAAGAAACCGCGCCUACCCAAGACUGAAAAACGUUCAAGUAGAGCAAAGAAGAGUGGAGACAAGCAGUCUGGAAUGCGUCAAGGUCUGACUACUGGAUGUCGUCAAGUUCUGAAUAUUGGAUGUUGUUUAGAUUUAAAUAAUGAAGAUAAAGGAGCAGAGAGUGGAUCUGGUGCACAUGAAGAAGAAUCAGAUGACCGUCCUGGCAAGUCUCGCAUUAAUCAAAGUGAGUCAGACAACAGAGAAGCUGCUCAGUAUGGCGAGAAAGAACCAGAUGAAGGUGGAGAAAAAUCAUACGAAUCAGGAAAAAAAUCUUUGCAGACGAAAAAUCAUCCUGGUAGUCGUCGACGUGGGGAACAGAAGCUUUCCGAAAUCAGUACAGCUUUGGAUGGCGGAUUGAAUUUGGGUGGUCCAAAUGAUGCAAAUGAAGAUCUCAAGUAUCCAUCUAAUGUAGAUGAUGAAAUAUCACAUGAGCACCACAGCAAUCCCAUCUGUAACCAAAGUGAGAAUGACGGCAUAGAUGUUACUCAAGAUGUGGAGCAACAAUCUGAUGCAGUUAAACGAAGAUUAAUCAGUUCAAAAGAGACAUCCUUCCACAAGAAAAAGCAUUCUAGUCGUCUUACUGGAAACCAAAACGCUUCCAUAGUUGGUCAAGUUUCGAAUGCCGCAAGUAAUGUUGAUCUAGAUGAGGAAGUGCAAUCUCAAGACAAUGCUCAGGAUGAAGAAGAGGUGCAUGAAUCAGAGCCCCAAAAGGAUUACAAAGAAUUGAAAGUAGGUGGUCCAAAAAAUGACCCGCGUGGGCGACAAGCUCGUACUCGAGCAAGAAGUAGAGAAGAGCCUUUGAAUCUUAACCAACGUAUGAGUACUGGUAGUGGUAAUGAUUCGAGCAGCGCAGUGGUUUCUUUGGACGAUGAAGAAGGCAAAGAUGUGUUAACGAGUCAACCCUUUGACUCGUGUUAAAUAAUGAGUGAUGAUGUGGCUUGCUUAGCUGGAUCCUAGCUGGUUUCACUUGAUGUAAAAGUUUGUUACUUGUGGUUGUUAGGGUUUUAUCUUCAGACUACUAUAAAUAGGGAUUGCUGUAAUAAUUUCAUUGAAUGCACAGGAUUGCAAAGUUCCA